AUGUUAGUGGCAGUGAUGGUAGCAGCAAUUGUUCAAGGUGUACCUGUUACAGACAAUAAUAUGCGUGAGUCGUGUGAAGCUCACUUUUACUCUUAUGGUACGGAUCCAUGUGAAGGUACAGUCAGUGUUAGAGGUGGGUGCAAAUCAUCGACGCUCAAUUUGGCUCAUACAGAUACGUCAAAAACAUGUACUUCAGUCAAGUUCUUCUGGUCGUACCCUGUUGAUAAUCUAACAAUGAUUAUCGAAACACCAAUCACAGAAAAACAACAACAGUAUUCGAUUAAGUUUAACGUAGAUCGUACAAUGGGUGCCAUUACAAAUGUUUUUAGAAUAUUUGGAAGAGAAGAAAUCUUAAUAACACCAGCAGAAAGUAAACUCAUUCAACCUUCGGAUUCUAACUACCAAAUUAUUCUCAAGUUACAAGGUCCAUCUAAGCUGACCUCCUAUGGUGUGUUUAUUGAAUAUGAAGUUGUUUAA